AUGUCGUUGUGGACAGAUGAGCGUGUUGACGAGACCGUCACCUCCGCAUACGUGCAUUCCCAUCUCCGACCAAACGAGCAGGAACUUCUUCAGCGGCAGUUGUAUUUUGGAGGCGACUUGACUGACGAUACCUACUUGGAUUGGAUCUUGACAAGAGCCAAACGAUUCUUCCUCAUCCUCGUCGCCACCGGGGUCCCGGAUCAGAUAUUUGGCGUUAUUGAUGACUCGUAUGACGAUGAAGACCUCCCUGUCAUCGAGGAGGCUGUUCCCGAUCUGCGGUUGUCCUAUGAGCCCGACCGAGCUCUAGACAAACGGUUUUAUAAGAAUCAGUUCAAGUUUCUCACACGCAUCGUGGGCGAAGGAGAGCACAUCCGCUACGCCGACGAGGAGACCGUCCCGGUCGUCCCUCUCAACCUGAAAUCCGUGGUUCUCUCCCUCGCCCACGAUGGGGUCGACCGAGUUCGCCUCCCUACUGCCAAUCAGAAGAUCUUCGUUCGCAGGCGCAUCAAGCUUGAGGCUCCUCUAACCGAGGAUGAGAUGUUGAACGAGAUUGCAGCCAGCAGAAGGCUGUGCCACGAGCAUAUAGUGUCGAUUUUCGGCUCAUACCUAUAUCAAGGCAGUUUCAACGUGCUUUCACUCCCCGCCCCGGAAUGGAGUCUCAAGGCAUUCCUGACUGAUUCUCCGAAGAGUUUUGCUGCGUUGGCAAAGCAACAGCGGCGACGGAUUUUGAUCAAUUGGCCCCACUGUCUGUCUAACGCACUGGCCUGGUUACACAGCAACGACGAGUUUCACGGAGCUAUUCGGCCGUCCAAUAUCCAGAUCGAUGAGUCUUUCCGCAUAUCGUUGGGUUUGCUCGACGGUGAAGGCUUGCUCCGUGACAAGGCGAAGCCGGACGAUAUCGAAGCAUAUCAGUAUGGCCCGCCCGAGAGAUGGAAGAGGGCAGUCACUAUCCAAAGCACCGGUUCUGCAGCUGUUGCACUCCCGUCAGGCGGCCGAUCGGGGCGGAGGGCCGACGGAAAUGGCAGAUUGAACACCACAGACAGCAACAACCCAGCUAGAAGCAGGUCAGCGUCUUCAGCGGCAACGUAUACAUUCCAGCCGACGUCGAGAGGAGAUUAUGCCCGAUUGCGCCUCAGCUCCGCAUUGCCUUCGGACACCCCACCGCAGCCCAUUGCUCGCGGGCGUGACGUCUUGUCCCCAACCGACAACAAAUCCAUCUCAAGUUCAGGUACAACCCGCCGCGUCUUCGACCCUUCGGUGCCAGGAAGGGCGCCCUCGAUCCUCUCCUCGACAAGCUCAAACGGCAAGAAAAGCGGUCCACCAGUCAAGAGUCCUAUGUUUGUCUCGGCCCCAGAAGGCCGGAGUGCAGUGGUUCAGACUUGGCAAUCGGUGGAACAGGACAUGUUCGCGUCGGACAUCUUCUCCCUCGGCGCAGUGAGCCUCGACAUUUUGACCCUACUCUGCAAGCGUAGCUACAGUUCGUUCCAGAGACACCGAUCUUCAAAGAACAGAAUGGCCGGCCGUGGUGGUGGUCUCGCGGAUGCGAGUUUUCACGCAAACCUGGGGCAAGUCUUUCUAUGGGCUCAGUCGCUUCAAAAGGAUGCUGAAAAGAAAGCCAAGAAGGACGAGGGCCAGGUGUACCAUGCUGUUGGCCCGGUCGUGCAGCUGACUCUGCAGUGCCUCGAGCGAGAUCCGGCCGCUCGUCUCUCCAGCGAGCAAUUGGAGAGGAAAAUUGGCGAACAUAUACAGCGCUUUGCUGGCCUGGAGCGACUCCACUGUGUAGGCGAACACAGACAAGAGAGCAACCGAAAGGACGUCAACAUUCCCAUCAGGGAUAAAAAUGUCUCCCAUCGCGAAUUGACGAGGCACCGGUCCGAUGACCCACGCCGUCAGCCUCCACAGGACCUAUACACAGAACAUCCAGAGCCGCAGCCUCAGCAGCAACGCUUUCUCCACGACGGCCCGAUCGUCCAGUCCCCGACCCUGCACACAUCUCCAAGCGUCUCGACGACGCCCGCGACGACAUCCGUGAGCUCACUGUUAUCCUUCAAUUUCGACGGCCUCUCCGAUACUGUCGUCGCAGAAAGUCCUCGAUCUCGCGAGCAAUCGAUGCGGCGAACCGGCACCCGCGGGGAGCUCACCACCCCGGAGCACCAUCAAAUCCCUUGGUCGAAUGAACAAGACACGCCCAGACAGAAGUACUGGAACAACUGGCACAACAACGACAGCCAGGUCGACCCGAGGCUAUCUUUUGGUGAAUCGGUCGACACCGGCGCAUUCACCUACCUCAACUACAGCACCAGCGCGUCGUCAGAUGAAGGAUUCAAACACUUUCCUCGGCCACCAGCUGAGCAACCUCCGAAGCCGCCUCCGAAUCGAAGACUGCCUCCAGUGCCUCCUAUCCCGAUGAAGGUGCAGUCAGAAAGGCAUAUCAACGCAGUGCCUCCUUUCCCGGUCAAAGUGCAGUCAGCAAAGCCAAAUCAGCGAGUUCCGCGAAUGAAGACAUCAAACAACGAUGUUGCCGUGCUGAAUCAUAUUUCUCAAGCCGCCCUUGGAGGCCGGCCCCUUCGAGUCGAUAGUCUGCCAAAGACGCUGGAAUUUGACGCGGCGGACGACUAUCACGAGACGAUCCGCCAGACGAGACGUCUACAUACGGCCAAGUCAUCUUCACGCAGCCGGUCUCAGCAGGAUCAGUACCUCUUACACCACGUAGACGACAAGCGUGAGCGUAGGCUCGAGCUGUGA